UCUUGAUCUACAAACGGUUAUACUCUUUUAUCUUUUGUUUUGCUUUCUGAAGAUUUCGGCUCGCUAUAGGAAUGGCAGCAAAUUCAAAUGAAACAGAGCUUCCAGUAAAGGUGUUUGGCUGGGCAGCGAGGGAUACCUCCGGUCUUCUUUCUCCUUUCAACUUUUCCCGGAGAGAAACAGGGGAGAAGGAUGUGCAAUUCAAGGUGAUGUAUUGUGGAAUUUGCCAUUCAGAUCUUCACCAGCUCAAAAACGAAUGGGGUUUCAGUUCAUAUCCCCUUGUUCCUGGGUAAGAAACAGGAAGCCAUUGAUCGUCUUCGCGCCGACUCAUUCUUGAUCAGCCGCAACCCAGAAGACAUGAAGGCGGGCGCAAACACAUUAGAUGGCAUUAUAGACACGGUUUCUGCAGUUCACCCUCUCGUGCCACUACUCUCUUUAUUGAAAGGAGAUGGGAAGCUUGUCUUGGUCGGAGUUCCAGAAAAACCACUUGAAUUACCUGCCCUUCCUUUGAUCGCACGUAGAAAACUGAUUGCGGGAAGUGCCGUUGGUGGAAUGAAAGAGACGCAAGAAAUGCUAGAAUUUUCGGCUCAGAACAACAUAACGCCAGAUUUGGAGGUUGUCAGCAUGGGUUAUGUCAACACUGCAAUGGAACGUCUCUCCAAUAAUCAAGUGAAAUAUAGAUUUGUACUCGACAUUGCCAACACAAUGAAAUCUGCUUAAAUAUCUUCAUAAGCAGCAUGUCUUGGCCCGAGUUAUUUAUUUAUGUAUAUUUUUCUAAAAUUUCAAUGUUUUAUGUGGGACGGUGUUCUGUUUGCUUGUUAUAAUAUGGAGUAUAAUAAAUAUAAUUUCAUCACACACUCAAUGGAAU